AUGCGUGAAAAGGAAAAAAGAAAGCCCACUCAAUCAGAAAUGUUUGUUGAAACUCGAAAAGGAAUUAAAGGAAAGGAGCUGGAUGUAGAAACUGGAAAAGUAAUUUCCCAACUUCAAGAAAUGACUGAAAAGGAGGAAAGCGAUACAGAAGCUUUUAAAGUUUUUUGGAAAGGAGUGUCCUGGCCGGGUACGCUGUUAUGGGAGAAAUGUAACUAA